GAUUUUUUUAACUUGCACCGCUUCAUCAUCUUUCAGAGAAUUUUUUCAGAAUUUGCGUCAAAUAGACAAAUAUUCAUUUGUUUUACUCUUAACACACCGUCUUUAAUUAAGAAAUAGACUGUUAAAGGUGAGCAAGCAUGAGUCAAGCACUGAUAGGAUUUGGUGUAGCUGUGGCUUGCAUGGCCAUGUUUACUAACUUCUCUAUACACAAGAUAGAAGAAGGUCAUGUUGGCGUUUAUUAUCGGGGCGGUGCAUUGUUGAGCAGUGUAAGUUCACCAGGAUAUCAUUUCAUGGUUCCAUUCAUCACAUCAUUCAGGAGUGUACAGACAACAUUACAAACAGAUGAAGUGAAAAAUGUGCCAUGUGGAACCAGUGGUGGUGUCAUUAUAUAUUUUGAUCGUGUUGAAGUUGUAAACAAGUUGGCGGAGAGUUCGGUACACGACAUGGUGAAGAAUUACACGGCCGAUUAUGAUAGAACACUCAUCUAUAACAAAAUACACCAUGAACUUAAUCAGUUCUGUAGUGUACAUAAUCUACAAGAGGUCUAUAUUGAUCUUUUCGAUAAGAUAGAUGAGAAUUUGAAGGAGUCGUUACAGGAAGAUCUGACUGACAAUGCUCCAGGACUUACAGUACACAGUGUCCGUGUCACAAAACCUAAAAUACCAGAACAAAUCCGCAAAAACUAUGAAAUGAUGGAAGCUGAGAAGACCAAACUGUUAAUUGCUGUACAGAAACAGAGAGUUAUUGAGAAAGAGGCAGAAACUGAUAGAAAAAAAGCUAUCAUAGAGGCUGAGAAGAAUGCAUCAGUUGCUAAGAUAGAAUGGGAACAGAAAGUAAUGGAGAAGGAAUCAGAGAAACGCAUGUCACAAAUAGAAGAUUUAACUCAUUUAGCAAAGGAGAAAGCUAGAGCUGAUGCCAACUUUUAUCGUGUACAGAGGGAGGCUGAGGCCAAUAAGAUGAUUCUAACUCCAAUGUACUUGGAAAUGUUAAAGCAGAGAGCGUUAGCAGAAAAUACUAAAAUAUAUUUCGGAAAUAACAUACCAGAUAUAUUUGUUGAUCCUACAGCAAUGACAUCACCAGCUUCAAAAGAUUCCAAUCAGAAAAAGACCAAGACUUGAGGGCCAGGAGGUCAUAGAUUUUUUUUCCAAUUUCAUCUUCUCCAUAUGAUAUCUACAGACUUCCUCCAGCAUGUGUAUAUAUCAGGGAACAACCAUUGAAAUAAUAGGACAAUAAAUUCCAUAUCACAUCUAAGGGAGAUAAUUUAUUUUUUUGCUUAAUUUAUCUCAAUUUUUGAAAUGGGGUACUUUCUUUAUCUUGUGUACACAUAGGUUAAACAUGGUAUAAACUUUUUAUUUUUUUCUGUAGAAGGAAAUAAUAACAAAAGCAUGAAGUAUACACUUCACAGUACUGCCACCUCCUGUAAUAUGAACAUAUUUUACCAAGGGAGAUCACUUUGUACAUAUUGAAAAAUAAAAAAAGGAAAAAUAUUUUUCUAGUUUAAUUAAUUUUCAAAGCUGCCAUCAUUGUAUGAAUACUGUAAGCAAUACUAAUUAAAUUGGACACAUAAUCUUUGAAUUAUUUGUGGUAAUUUUCUUUCUCUAUUUAAUAUAUUUUGUUGAGGUUUUGAAGUUAUAAAAAUACAGCAUUAAAUUUGUUUUCGUAUAUGUAUUUAAUUUUGGCAAGUCAAAUAUAAAGGAUUAAGUUAUUAUAAAUAAGUACAUGUCAGAUUAGUAUUUUAGAUUCCAGCACAUAAAAUGUUGCAGAUUUAAUAUUGUUAAAGCUGGUGCCGAGAGGGCAUUAGAGAUGUUGAACUUAUCUUUCAUGAACAAGACUCAAUCAAACCAUGUCUGCAAAUUUUAUGUAAUUUCCUUAUUUUCAUGGUCACCUCUUUUCCAGAUUGUAGUAUUACAUCUUUUAAACCAAUUUAUUAACACAUUCCAUUUGA